AUGAAGGAAAAGUCCAAGAAUGCAGCGAAGACGAGACGAGAGAAAGAAAAUGGAGAAUUUUAUGAACUGGCGAAAUUACUGCCUUUACCUUCGGCCAUCACAUCACAACUGGAUAAGGCUUCAAUCAUUCGGCUGACAACCAGUUACUUGAAGAUGAGAGCCGUGUUUCCGGAUGGUGAGUUAUGCUACCACUAUCAGUUGAAUGAUUCAUCAUAAUUAUGUCGUCUGGAGAAGAGGAACAUGUCAGCUCUCAAAACAUAAUAUUGGUCUUUGUAUUAUGGUUUUAACAAAUACACAAUAGAACGGGGCAGAGAAAAUAACAAAAUAAAUGUUAAUUUUGAACGCAGCAGGACACUCAUAUGUCCAAAAUAUAAUCACAUUUUCGAAGUCAUGUAGAUUUUCAUUUUCACUUCCCCAAGUUAAUGUUUCCAUGGAAAAUGUGAGUUUUAUUUCGAAAAUUAUUCUCCAGUAGAAUAAGUGCUAUAGAAAUUAUAAAUAUCAAUAUACAGGUGCGUAGUGACAGUGACCAUGCGUGCGUAAAAGUGUCAUUAUAAUUGUCACCAACUUUCCCUUUCCCACCUGGUCAUGCAAUUAAAAAAUUUACUUAUUUUACAAGUUUGUUCACCUGAUUUAUGUUUUCACUCCUAAACAAGUGGCUCUAGAUUUUAUGAUAAAUCAUCCAAUUAUGGUCAAUAAAACGAACACUUCGACAGGCUAAACCCCAGGAAAUCAGCCCUCUGCCUCUCCUAGAAUUGGUCUGUCAUCACUCAUAAAGUCACAGAAACAUUUAAGGCACGGACUAAGGGCCACGCGUUAGUUCUAGAUUUGAGUAGCUUAGUUUAUGACCAUUUCACUAAUAGUGUGAUAUCUUGUGGAAUCAAAUAAAUAAAUAAACUGUAUACAAUAUUACAAAACACUAUAGGCUACAUAAGAAAACUUAACACCCGUGACAAAACAGAAUAUGGGCUAAUUAAUUAUAUAGAUGAAGUAGGCAAAUAGCCUCGAGAAAUGCAUUCUGCUGGCUAUUUCAAAAGUACAGACCAUAGGCUGCGGGUUAAAUUGUAUGAACUUACAAGUGAAAUAUUAGUUUAGCGCUUUGGUUAUAGCAAAUAUAUUUAUAUUUAGAUAGGGUUGUUUCACCUUAAUUACAUUAUUUCAAACGAAAUAUAACUUUCUAAUUAGUUGUAGACAGUAUCCUUGCCUAAGUAGACCUAGGCUAAAAUACAGUCUGCCAUACAUUUUUUGUUUUUAUGUUCUCUUUUGACAUAUUGAUUAUCCUAAAAUCAGAUGUAACCUAUUGAUUAUUGUCUGGGUCUCAAUUUAAUUCCCGACAUCCUUGGACUGAGAGAGAUGUGACCGCCGUCCAACGAGUCUAUUUCAAUGGCCACUCUCCCUCACAUUUGUCAAAUAAAUGUGUAAAUGUAUUUUGCAAAUAACUAUUCUGGGAAAUCAGAAACUUAGUCCCGAGGCAGAUUUCAAUAUUUAUGAUGCGCAAAGGUUCGUUAAAUAUAAGAGGCCUAUCACCUCAUGCAAAUUAUGCAUGUUUAUCUCGUGUAUUCCACGCGCAAAAUGUGCAAAUUGCACAAAUAAUGUAUUUUAGUUUGAGGUAGUUCUUAAAGAAAAUAAUAAUAAUAAUAAUAAGCAAACACAUUUCUGACAUUUCCGCCCUACCUCAGAUUAGAAUUGUCCAUUUAGGCCUAGCGGGGGUGCAGGUGAAACGUCUCUGUCGCUUCCACUUAUCGUGAUUUGGGCCUAUAGAUCCGGGAAAGGACUGUCCUGCACAACACCUAAUCCUUUAGCUGACGGCUAAUCAAGACACAGGAAAUGGAAAUUGAUGGUGAAAGUAUGAAAAUAUAACAGUAAAAAAUGUGACCUGUUAACUCUGAAUGUUUGACCAAAACAUUAUUGAAAAAUAGUGCAAUAGUCACUUUUGUUGUCAGUUGAACUACUUCGCUAUUGCUAUAUUUUGUCAUAUUUUCUCAGUUUUCUCAGUCAAAUCAAAGCACUCAAAGCAAAUCAAAGCAUAAGUUUACAUUGAGAAAAUGAAGGGUGCUCACAUGUUUUUCUGAGAAAACCCAGACUAUAAAAUAAGUGUCACUGGCCAUUGAUUUCACAGCAUUUGACAGAUUCCACCCUGCUACAAAUGUAUAUGAUGGACUAACCUGGCAUGCUAAUAUUCAACGUUAUCACACAUCAUAGUACAUUUCAAAUUAAAGUUGUAUAAUUUCAGAUGACAGUUCUAAAAAUGUUCUGGGUGAUUUUGUCAAGUCACAAUUUGCUGGCCUCAUCUGCAAAAUACAUGUUGAGUAUAAACACACAGAGGUUAUUUGCAUGUCCCAGUGUCUGUGAUCAAAGCAUAUAAUAGCCAAAUAAAAUCACAGCGAGUGAGAGUGACUGUAGGGAAAAUAUAUCUUGUUCUUAGUGACUUACAGGACUGGUAAUAAUAAUAAUAAUAAUAAUAAUAAUAAUAAUAUGCCAUUUAGCAGACGCUUUUAUCCAAAGCGACUUACAAAUGUGGAAUAAGUCAAGGGGUAUGAAUAUUUUCUGAAGGCACUGUAUACAUUACAAGGCUCAAUACUUCUCAAACUAUUAUGAGCAGCAUCUCAAGGGAUACCUGUUGUGGUUGAUGUACCCUUUAAGGCUGGCUGGUCCAUCUUUUCUUUUGGUGUAGAAGGCAUUGUGUCAACAGCUUAGUGUGUGUCUCUGCAUUAAAUGUAGCAGUGCCAAAGAUGCCUGAAUGGCCUGUUGCAGGCUUUGAUCGCAUUAGUAUAAUUAUCCAAGUCAGACACAGCCUAUAGGCAGAGCUAUGUGAGUCAUAGACAUAAACCCUUACCAUUGAAAUUGCAGUAUCCGACCAGACCAGGAAGAAAAACAAUGUAAGGCUAUAUAUUGUGUCCCCUUCAUAGUGUCCUCUUCUCCUGGAAGCAGCUCUAGGUAAGGUAUUCUAAACCUGUUGUGUGUUUCCUCCACAGGGCUGGGGGAGGCCUGGGGCCAGCCGACCAGAAUCAGCCCUCUGGACAACAUGGCUAAAGAACUGGGCUCCCAUCUACUGCAGGUGGGAUAUAGUCAACACAGAUGUAAAACACAAUAUACACAACACAAUUACAUGUAUGUAACACAAUAAAUGCAGCAUAAUAUACACUGAGUGUACAAAACAUUAACAACACCUGCUCUUUCUAUGACAUAGACUGACCAGGUGAAACCAGGUGAAAGCUAUGAUCCCUUAUUGAUGUCAUUUGUUAAAUCCACUUCAGUCAGUGUAGAUGCAGGGAAGGAGACAGGUUAAAGAAGGAUUUUUAAGCCUUGAGACAUGGAUUGUGUAUGUGUGCCAUUCAGAGGAUGAAUGGGCAAGACUAAAUAAUUAAGUGCCUUUUGAACGGGGUAUGGUAGUAGGUGCCAGGCGCACCGGUUUGUGUCAAAAACUGCAAUGCCGUUGGGUUUUUCAUGCUCAACAGUUUCCCGUGUGUAUCAAGAAUGGUCCACCACCCAAAGGACAUCCAGCCAACUUGACACAACUGUGGUAAGCAUUGGAGUCAACAUGGGCCAGCAUCCCUGUGGAACGCUUUCGACACCUUGUAGAGUCCAUGCCCCAACGAAUUGAGGCUGUUCUGAGGGCAAAGGGGGUGCAACUCACUAUUAGGAAGGUGUUCCUAAUGUUUGGUAUACUCAGUGUAUAUGCAACAUACUGUAAAUACAACACAAUAUUAUCAAUAAGAUUAUAUGCAAGACAUUAAUUGCACUAGACAAUAUACAACACAUACAGUGGGGAAAAAAGUAUUUAGUCAGCCACCAAUUGUGCAAGUUCUCCCACUUAAAAAGAUGAGAGAGGCCUGUAAUUUUCAUCAUAGGUACACGUCAACUAUGACAGACAAAUAGAGAUUUUUUUCUCCAGAAAAUCACAUUGUACGAUUUUUUAUGAAUUUAUUUGCAAAUUAUGAUGGAAAAUAAGUAUUUGGUCACCUACAAACAAGCAAGAUUUCUGGCUCUCACAGACCUGUAACUUCUUCUUUAAGAGGCUCCUCUGUCCUCCACUCGUUGCCUGUAUUAAUGGCACCUGUUUGAACUUGUUAUCAGUAUAAAAGACACCUGUCCACAACUACUGUGAAGCAUGGGGGUGGAAACAUCAUGCUUUGGGGCUGUUUUUCUGCAAAGGGACCAGGACGACUGAUCCGUAUACAGGAAAGAAUGAAUGGGGCCAUGUAUCGUGAGAUUUUGAGUGAAAACCUCCUUCCAUCAGCAAGAGCAUUGAAGAUGAAACGUGGCUGGGUCUUUCAGCAUGACAAUGAUCCCAAACACACCGCCCGGGCAACGAAGGAGUGGCUUCGUAAGAAGCAUUUCAAGGUCCUGGAGUGGCCUAGCCAGUCUCCAGAUCUCAACCCCAUAGAAAAUCUUUGGAGGGAGUUGAAAGUCUGUGUUGCCCAGCGACAGCCCCAAAACAUCACUGCUCUAGAGGAGAUCUGCAUGGAGGAAUGGGCCAAAAUACCAGCAACAGUGUGUGAAAACCUUGUGAAGACUUACAGAAAACGUUUGACCUGUGUCAUUGCCAACAAAGGGUAUAUAACAAAGUAUUGAGAAACUUUUGUUAUUGACCAAAUACUUAUUUUCCACCAUAAUUUGCAAAUACAUUCAUAAAAAAUCCUACAUUGUGAUUUUCAGGAUUUUUUCCCCUCAUUUUGUCUGUCAUAGUUGACGUGUACCUAUGAUGAAAAUUACAGGCCUCUCUCAUCUUUUUAAGUGGGAGAACUUGCACAAUUGGUGGCUGACUAAACACUUUUUUCCCCCACUGUAAGUAAACAGAAAUAGAAAAAAAAUCUAAUAGUAAAUACUACACAAGUUCAAGGUAAAUAUAUAGCGCAUUGUAAGUAUAGAACACUAGAGCAGAGUGGUGCUUAGACGUGUGUAACACUAUUAUAUGCAUUUAGGAAAAUGGUCAAGUUCUCAAGAUGAAAUGUAAUUGAUUAUUUUGAUAAAAUGCACUGUUUAAAUAUUUUUGCUAUGGAAUUCAUGUGUAGGCUUUGCCAAGAAUUUGUAAUGGUUUCAUGUCAUGAUUAGAGCCAGAUGUGAUAGAAAUUUGGAUGAGUGUGUUUUUUUAAAAGACAUUACUAAAGAGUAGACAUAAAAGCCAUUAUUAAUCAGAUUCCCAUAUGCUGAUUUAUAACUAUCACAAUGCAAUGUCUAAUAUCAACAAUUCUAAAUGACCUUCUAUGCAUAUUAUUUAAUGUAAAAUGGAUGGCGUAUUUUUGGGUCUAACAUAUGUUUUAUUCCCCAGACUCUGGACGGCUUUGUAUUCGUUGUCGCUUCUGAUGGCAAAAUCAUGUACAUCUCUGAGACUGCAUCAGUCCACCUCGGCCUAUCCCAGGUAAGACAUACAGUUGAAGUCUGAAGUUUACAUACAACUUAGCCAAAUACAUUUAGACUCAGUUUUUCACAAUUCCUGACAUUUAAUCUUAGUAAAAAUUCCCUGUCUUAGGUCAGUUAGGAUCACCACUUUAUUUUAAGAAUGUGAAAUGUCAGAAUAAUAGUAGAGAGUGAUUUAUUUCAGCUUUUAUUUCUUUCAUCACAUUCCCAGUGGGUCAGAAGUUUACAUACACUCAAUUAGUAUUUGGUAGCAUUGCCUUUAAAUUGUUUAACUUGGGUCAAAUGUUUCGGGUAGCCUUCCACAAGCUUCCCACAAUAAAUUGGGUGAAUUCUGGCACAUUCCUCCUGACAGAGCUGGUUUAACUAAGUCAGGUUUGUAGGCCUCCUUGCUCGCACACACUUUUCAGUUCUGACCACACAUAUUCUAUAGGAUUGAGGUCAGGGCUUUGUGAUGGCCACUCCAAUACCUUGACUUUGUUGUCCUUAAGCCAUUUUGCCACAACUUUGGAAGUAUGCUUGGGGUCAUUGUCCAUUUGGAAGACCCAUUUGCGACCAAGCUUUAACUUCCUGACUGAUGUCUUGAGAUGUUGCUUCAAUAUAUACACAUAAUUUUCCUUCCUCAUGAUGCCAUCUAUUUUGUGAAGUGCACCAGUCCCUCCUGCAGCAAAGCACCCCAACAGCAUGAUGCUGAAACCCCCGUGCUUCACGGUUGGGAUGGUGUUCCUUGUUUUGCAGACCAGAGGAUAUUUCUCCAAAAAGUACAAUCUUUGUCCCCAUGUGCAGUUGCAAACCGUAGUCUGGCUUUUUUAUGGCGGUUUUGGAGCAGUGGCUUCUUCCUUGCUGAGUGGCCUUUCAGGUUAUGUCGAUAUAGGACUCGUUUUACUGUGGAUAUAGAAACUUUUGUACCUGUUUCCUCCAGCAUCUUCACAAGGUCCUUUGCUGUUGUUCUGGGAUUGAUUUGCACUUUUUGCACCAAAGUACAUUCAUCUCUAGGAGACAGAACACGUCUCCUUCCUGAGCGGUAUGACGGCUGCAUGGUCCCAUGGUAUUUAUACUUGCGUACUAUUGUUUGUACAGAUGAACGUGGUACCUUCAGGCGUUUGGAAAUUGCUCCCAAGGAUGAACCAGACUUGUGGAGGUCUACAAUUCAUUUUUUCUGAAGUCUUGGCUGAUUUCUUUUGAUUUUCCCAUGAUAUCAAGCAAAGAGGCACUGAGUUUGAAGGUAGGCCUUGAAAUACAUCCACAGGUACACCUCCAAUUGACUCAAAUUAUGUAAAUUAGCCUAUCAGAAGCUUCUAAAGCCAUGACAUCAUUUUCUGGAAUUUUCCAAGCAGUUUAAAGGCACAGUCAACUUAGUGUAUGUAAACUUCUGACUCACUGGAAUUGUGAUACAGUGAAUUAUAAGCGAAAUAAUCUGUCUGUAAACAAUUGUUGGAAAAAUUACUUGUGUCAUGCACAAAGUAGAUGUCCUAACCGACUUGCCAAAACUAUAGUUUGUUAACAAGAAAUAUGUGGAGUGGUUGAAAAACAAGUUUUAAUGAUUCCAACCUAAGUGUAUGUAAACCUCCGACUUCAACUGUAGCUCUGCCUUCAUCUUGGAUCUGGGUGGCCAUUGCGUAUGCCACAAGCUGUGGGUCUGCCUCCCUCAACACAACCAAGGUCACCUAAGGGGCACAUGCCUCCUGAUAUGCCUGUUUAAACAUUGAUUUGACAGUCAGUAAAACAGGCUGCAGAAUGCUAAGCAAAGGUUGCCUAAGUUCACCUAGCACAGAUAAGUGAGAGGGCAUGGAGUGGUCACAGAAUAUGAUCAGUGAGUCUAUUCUAGGUGUUGUUGACUUCCUGUCUGUUUGCGCUGUUCAUAAAAAGAAUUAGGACGUGCGAAAACCUCCAGCUAUUCAUGCUGUGAGUGUAGCAUUGGUGUAUGAAACAGCAAAAACAGUUGCUCAGCCCAUGCUAAUAUUUAAGGUUAGCUUAGCUAGCUAUUGCUUCUGACUUGUCUCUCUGGGGGGUGUUAGAUAGCACUGACGCCUGUUUUGCUUUUGGAACUUAAGCUAGCCAGGUUGAAGAUGUUAUUUUAGAAUGGUCCUCCCCGCAGCCUCUCUAAAUGGAGCAAUGUCAUCAUCGUCUUUGCUGGACAUCCAAGAUGAUUUUGUGUUUUGCGUGUGUGUUCAUGUGUGGCACAUUGUGUGUUUCUGUAUGUCUGUAUACAGUACCAGUCAAAAGUUUCGACACACCUACACAUUCAAGGGUUUUUGCUUUAUUUUUACUAUUUUCUACAUUGGAGAAUAAUAGUGAAGACAUCAAAACUAUGAAAUAACACAUAUGGAAUCAUGUAGUAAUCAACAAAGUGUUAAACAAAUCAUAAUAUAUUUUAUAUUUGAGAUUCUUCAAAUAGCCACCCUUUGCCUUGAUGACAGCUUUGCACACUCUUGGCAUUCUCUCAACCAGCUUCACCUGGAAUGCUUUUACAACAGUCUUAAAGGAGUUUCCACAUAUGCUGAGCACUUGUUGGCUGCUUUUCCUUCAAUCUGCCGUCCGACUUAUCCCAAACCAUCUCAAUUGGGUUGAGGUCAGGGGAUUGUGGAGGCCAGGUCAUCUGAUGCAGCACUCCAUCACUCUCCUUCUUGGUCAAAUAGCCCUUACACAGCCUGGAGGUGUGUUGGGUCAUUGUCCUGUUGAAAAACAAGUGAUAGUCCCACUAAGCCCAAACCAGAUGGGAUGGUGUAUCGCUGCAGAAUGCUGUGGUAGCCAUGCUGGUUAAGUGUGCCUUGAAUUGUAAAUAAAACACAGACAAUGUCACCAGCAAAGCACCCCCACACCAUAACACCUCCUCCUCCAUGCUUUACGGUGGGAACUACACAUGCGGAGAUCAUCACAAAGCCACGGCGGUUGGAACCAAAAAUCUCAAAUUUGGAUCCCGACCAAAGGACACAUUUCCACCGGUCAAAUGUCCAUUGCUUAUGUUUCUUGGCCCAAGCAGGUCUCUUCUGCUUAUUGGUGUCCUUUAGUAGUGGCUUCUUUGCAGCAAUUCGACCAUGAAGGCCUGAUUCACACAGUCCCCUCUGAACAGUUGAUGUUGAGAUGUGUCUGUUACUUGAAGUAUGUGAAGCAUUUAUUUGGGCUACAAUUUCUGAGGCUGGUAACUCUAAUGAACUUAUCCUCUGCAGCAGAGGUAACUCUGGGUCUUCCAUUCCUGUGGCGGUCCUCAUGAGAGCCAGUUUCAUCAUAGUGCUUGAUGGUUGUUGUGACUGCACUUGAAGAAACUUUCAGAGUUCUUGAAAUGUUCCGUAUUGACUGACCUUCAUGUCUUAAAUUAAUAAUGGACUGUCUUUUCUCUUUGCUUAUUUGAGCUGUUCUUGUCAUAAUAUGGACUUGGUCUUUUACCAAAUAGGGUAAUCUUCUGUAUACCCCCCCCUAUCUUGUCACAACACAACUGAUAGGCUCAAAUGCCUUAAGAAGGAAAUAAAUUCCACAAAUUAACUUUUAAGAAGGCACACCUGUUAAUUGAAAUGCAUUCCAGGUGACUACCUCAUAAAGCUGGUUGAGAGAAUGCCAAGAGUGUGCAAAGCUGUCAUCAAGGCAAAGGGUGGCUAUUUGAAGAAUCUCAAAUAUAAAAUAUAUUUUGAUUUGUUUAACACUUUAUUGGUUACUACAUGAUUCCAUAUGUGUUAUUUCAUAGUUUUGAUGUCUUCACUAUUAUUCUACAAUGUAGAAAAUAGUAAAAAUAAAGAAAAACACUUGAAUGAGUAGGUAUGUCCAAAUUUUGGAUUGGUAGUGUAUGUGUGAGUGUGUGUGUGUGUGUGUGUGUAUGUGUAUCAAAUAUUUUUUCUGUUUACCCUGCCUUAACUGAGGCCCAUGCAGUUUGACUGAGGAGCAGUGUAUCGUUGCUGGUUUGGAUUAUAUAUUCCAGUAGGACAGCCUAUGGCGCUACUCUGUGGUGCCAUCAAUUAUCAGAAUGAAGUGUGAUCAUCACUCAGGAGUGGGCUUCGCUGCUUGACAAGCCAACUUCAUCAGUAUUGCUGUUCCCCCAGAGAGAGAUGCUGUCUAUCUAACCCUCCUUCCACACGUGGACUCAAACUGAAUCAUCUCAUAUAUUUUCAGUCACGCGUGGUGUCUGAAAAUAUCAAGCGAAAUUGAGUCAGCAGCAGCCUCCCUCAAAACAAAGGUUUAUCCUUGAAGUCCUGUCUCUGAUGCGUAUACUCUGGGUCUCUACUUCGAGCAUAUGGUGGUUUUAUAUGGUUCACUUUCCAAAACAUACAAUGCAAGCGACAGAAAGGCUGUAAUAUAACAUUGAUUAUUGGGAUGCCCUAGACAUGGUGAGCCAGACCAAAGUGACUAUUCAAUGAAGCAGUUUUUCAUAAUGGGCGUGUCCACAUAGAUUUUUGUUUAGCUACUUAUAGGGGCGCUCUGAUUAUGAAAGUGGCCAGAACCAACAGUAGGUAACCACUGUCAUUCUAACACUGCCCUCAUGUAAAGUGAUUAUGUACUGAGCUUUGUGGAUAGCAAACAGAAAUGCUAAUGUCUUGAAUAUACCUCACCUGAGCAAGCUUGGACAGACACACUGAAGGCUGUGCUCAGGAAGCAUUCGAGAGAACAGGGGAGCUGAGCAACAGCAUUAACUCAAUCCUAUAAAAACAACCCCACCACCCACUCUAAAUGUGCCGCUCUUGCACGCAGCCCUGAUGCAAAUGCUACUUGUGCACACCUGUGUACACUGUGAAGCUCAUACAAAUGGACCAUCCGCUUUUAUUGAUAUCGUGUGUGUGUGUGUGUGUGUGUGUGUGUGUGUGUGUGUGUGUGUGUGUGUGUGUGUGUGUGUGUGUGUGUGUGUGUGUGUGUGUCAGGUGGAGGUAUAGUGGGCUAAGGUCCGUGUUGUUUUAAAAUGAACUGUGAAAGAGACAACAGCGAAUUCAGUGAAAGUCACUCAUUACUUGAGUCUGUUGAGAAUGCCUCUGUUUUUACUUUGAGGUUGACCCAUCCUCCAGUGUAAAAUCUAAAGGCCUGUUUAGUAUCAGUAACCCACAUAUAUUAACUUACAUUGGUGCUUGAACAUAUAUUUCACUUGUUGCUCUCGCAUACUAUUGCUUGUCACCGUUUCUACGACACCAAAAAGCAGAGCUGUCACCUAUGCUCAGUCCAAAUGCUCUUUCACUACAAAGCAUGGAUUAGUCCAGCCUGACUCCACACUGUGAAGAAACCAAUUUGUUGUUGAAGUGGUGAGCAGUGACCCGCUCACUGAGUGACCCCGCCCCAAAAUGUGGGAGGUAAAAUAGAUCAAAGUGGAGCCUGGAUGGUGUUCUGUGUUCUCAUGCAAAUUAUUGGUUCUUUCAUAAAUUAACCCUUGUGUUUCUUGACAUCAUCUCCCUUUGAGGCGGAGCUGAAAGGGAUGGAGAGAUCGAUUUCAGGGGCAGCGAGAGAUUUGACCCCCUCCUCACUUCUAACACACACAUGAACACAGGCACACACACAUGCACGCUCACGCACGCACACACACACACAGUCAGUGUCCCCCUACAAUAGGCAUUUCUCUGUGAUGAUGUAAUCCCUUGUAAUGACAGAGUAUCAUCCUGCUAAAUGAUCAAAAGACCUCAAAACACCAUUCAGAAAGACUGUCUUCUUCACAAAAGGCUAGAGAUUACAUGUCACUGAAGAAAUGAUAUGUUGGUCUCUAUAGUAUAACGUAACUUGUCAUUUUCUCUAGUUUCAGCCUGAUGAAACUUGAUGUGAAGUGACUGAUUAAUUUGUUUCUGUCAGGUGGAGCUGACGGGUAACAGUAUAUUUGAGUAUAUCCACCCGUCAGACCAUGAUGAGAUGACGGCCGUGCUCAGCGCCCAUCAGCCCCUCCACCAUAACUUCCUGCAAGGUAAAUUAUUAUGUUCAUUCUCUCCCUCCCUUUUUCCUCCCUCUAUUUGUGUCUUUAUUUGUUCUCUCUCACACUUCCUCUCCCUCGUCUUUUCUCACUCUUUCACUUAUUUCUCCCUCUCUCUCUCCCUCCCUCUCUCUCUCAACCAACAGUCAGUUGAUCACGAUUUUCCCUCAUACUCAACUCUGUAUGUUUGUAAGCAACAGUAUUGCUACUUCAUCGAGGUCUACCUCUUCUGUAAGACGGAAGUCAGUCAGUGUGACAUCAUCAUACAAAUAGCUCAAAUACUUAAUCUAUGCAGCUGCUAUAAGAACACAUAGUACUUCAAUGUAUAGCACCAUGAUACAUAAUACAAGGCAACACCCAGGCAGCCUCUCUGCUGGGCAGGUUUUCAAUAACUUCCUCUAGGAGCAGCAUCUUAAGCCUGCUGUGGAGUACUGUUUCAUAACACCCCUACACACAUACACAUGCAUACACAGACACACACACACAUACACACCUUUACAAAAAAAACAUGUCAAAUUUGCAGUUUCACAUAAGCUCAACAUGUGAAAAAAGCGCUUUCACAUGUUGAGCUUAUUACAUGUUAACACCACCUUUUCAAAUAAUCUCCCAAAUAUCACUAUUUCUAAAACAAGCCAUAGAAAGUUGGUUGCAAUUUCAAUGUAAUCCUCCAGAAACGACAGAACAAAUAAUGCAACAAAUAUUGUGGUUAAACUCAAAUAUACUAACUGAUAAAAAACCUUUUUUUUUGACAAAAUGUUUAAAAAAGGUAUAAUCUUCGUAAAUGAUAUUAUCGGUAGGACUGGUGGAGUUAUGUCGUACAUGCAGCUAACAAAAACAUAUGGAAAUGUCUGCUCUACCCAAAAUUACAACCAAAUAAUUAUUAUAUAAAAUUCUUGCCACCAAUAGAAUGUUAUUUAUAUGGGGAUACAAUCUUCCCAGCUCUGCAGAUUUUGCUGCGAAGAGAUAGAAUCAUUAGAUCAUUUGUUUUGGUACUGUCCAUUUGUAGCUUGUUUUUGGACACAGGUCCAGGAAUGGCUAAAGGAUUGCAAUAUUUACCUGGAGCUAACUCUGCAGAUAGCACUACUGGGUGAUCUGAAAAGUCAUAGUCAAUCGAUCAAUUAUAUAAUAAUACUUUUAGCCAAAAAAAAUAUUUUCAAUUUAUGAUCUGUAGAAGCAAUGAGAAUAGAAAGGUUCAGAACUUUUGUAAAACAUCACAGUACAGUUGAGAAAUAUAUGGCAAAUAGAAAUCCAAUAUGGAUGGUGUUAAGAGAUAGAUGGGAGGUGUUGAAUGGAGCUGAAGGAUGGGACUAAUAACAACAACUAAUAACAACAAGAUAACUAAUGUAAAGCAUACUGUGUCCAUAAUAAAUAUAUAGGUUAUAGGUUGAGAGCUUUUGUGAAAGAGCACAGUUAGAAAAAUAUGGCAUAUACAGUGAGGGAAAAAAGUAUUUGAUCCCCUGCUGAUUUUGUACGUUUGCCCACUGACAAAGAAAUGAUCAGUCUAUAAUUUUAAUGGUAGGUUUAUUUGAACAGUGAGAGACAGAAUAACAACAAAACAAUCCAGAAAAACGCAUGUCAAAAAUGUUAUCAAUUGAUUUGCAUUUUAAUGAGGGAAAUAAGUACUUAACCCCCUCUAAAACAGAAAGAUUUCUGGCUCCCAGGUGUCUUUUAUACGGGUAAUGAGCUGAGAUUAGGAGCACACUCUUAAAGGGAGUGCUCCUAAUCUCAGCUUGUUACCUGUAUAAUAGACACCUGUCCACAGAAGCAAUCAAUCAAUCAGAUUCCAAACUCUCCACCAUGGCCAAGACCAAAGAGCUCUCCAAGGAUGUUAGGGACAAUAUUGUAGACCUACACAAGGCUGGAAUGGGCUACAAGACCAUUGCCAAGCAGCUUGGUGAGAAGGUGACAACAGUUGGUGCCAUUAUUUGCAAAUGGAAGAAACACAGAAUAACUGUAAAUCUCCAUCGGCCUGGGGCUCCAUGCAAGAUCUCACCUCGUGGAGAUGCAAUGAUCAUGAGAACGGUGAGGAUUCAGCCCAGAACUACAUGGGAGGAUCUUGUCAAUGAUCUCAAGGCAGCUGGGACCAUAGUCACCAAGAAAACAAUUUGUAACAAACUACGCCGUGAAGGACUGAAAUCCUGCAGCGCCCGCAAGGUCCCCCUGCUCAAGAAAGCACAUAUAGAGGGCCGUCUGAAGUUUGCCAAUGAACAUCUGAAUGAUUCAGAGGAGAACUGGGUGAAAGUGUUGUGGUCAGAUGAGACCAAAAUCAAGCUCUUUGGUAUCAACUCAACUCGCCGUGUUUGGAGGAGGAGGAAUGCUGCCUAUGACCCCAAGAACACCAUCCCCACCGUCAAACAUGGAGGUGGAAACAUAUGCUUUGGGGGUGUUUUUCUGCUAAGGGGACAGGACAACUUCACCGCAUCAAAGGGACGAUGGACGGGGCCAUGUACCAUCAAAUCUUGGGUGAGAACCUCCUUCCCUCAGCCAGGGCAUUGAAAAUGGGUUGUGGAUGGGUAUUCCAGCAUGACAAUGACCCAAAACACACGGCCAAGGCAACAAAGGAGUGGCUCAAGAGGAAGCACAUUAAGGUCAUAGAGUGGCCUAGCCAGUCUCCAGACCUUAAUCCCAUAGAAAAUCUGUGGAGGGAGCUGAAGGUUCGAGUUGCCAAACAUCAGCCUCGAAACCUUAAUGACUUGGAGAAGAUCUACAAAGAGGAGUGGAACAAAAUCCCUCCUGAGAUGUGUGCAAACCUGGUGGCCAACUACAAGAAACGUCUGACCUCUGUGAUUGCCAACAAGGGUUUUGCCACCAAGUACUAAGGCAUGUUUUGCAGAGGGGUCAAAUACUUAUUUCCCUCAUUAAAAUGCAAAUCAAUUUAUAACAUUUUUGACAUGCGUUUUUCUGCAUUUUUUUGUUGUUAUUCUGUCUCUCACUGUUCAAAUAAACCUGCCAUUAAAAUUAUAGACUGAUCAUGUCUUUGUCAGUGGGCAAACGUACAAAAUCAGCAGGGGAUCAAAUACUUUUUUCCCUCACUGUAGAAGCAAACCAGAUGGACAUCAUGAAAAUUAUCGGAGGAAGUUCAGGAGUAAAAACAAACAAAAUAUAAUUAUUGUAGAAUUUGAAAAAACACCACCUUUUCACAUGUGAGAAGAAAAAACAUGUUUUCACCUCACGUGAAUUGCAGUUGCAGAUGUGAAAUGUGCGGUUUCACAUGUUAAAAACGUGGAAUUGCAAGUUCACGUGAAAAUCUAAUUUGCAGUUUCACAUGUAAGAAAACUCCACAUGGUGUUGGUGAAAUAGUGUUAUUCUCCUCACAUGUGAAACAUGUUGCAAUAGCAAUGUUUCCACAUAUGGAAUUGAAAAAUCUGUAAUGCCAUUCUGGAAAAAGGAAACAGCCUACCUGAGAAUAAUAAUUCAAGUGUGUAAAAAAUAAAUAUUUCUGAGCCAUCGAUUCGGAGUGUUACUGAUGCAGACGCAAGCCUCUCUUCUUCGUUUGUUGGUCAGUGACUGUUGGAAGAAGCCCAGUCAAAGGAACAGAGAAGCUAGCGCUCAAUGUCUCCUUAUGUUGAAAUUUGCGCUGUCAGAGUUAAUCUUAACUCAGGUUACCUUUGUCAUUUUACUGGACAAUUUAGUUUUAUCGCAAUGUCUGAAAGCGCCCAAAAUCUAAAAUACAUAAUCUAUAAAGCUAAAAAUAAACAAUGUGAUGUCAAAAGUUGACUUUGUGUCAGGGCGUGUUGUAGGUGUAGUGUAGGAAUCAAACGCAGGAUGCAGACUGAAUGUUCCAAAGGCUGUAAUACUGGCCCAACACAGGCAACAGGACAACUAAGCCCGACAGCAAAAACACGCACGAAGGCGAAAGGUAAAUGCGCACUAACAGGUGCGACAAAAUGUAACGGUGCACACACAGGUGCAAAUAAGCUCCAGUACAGUGGAGAAAUACGCUCAACCGAGCAAAACACAACACUGACGGAAACAAUCACACACAACACUAGACAAACACAACGAGAAACGUAUAGGACACUAAUUACGUCAAAACAGAAACAGGUGUGGAAACAAACAGACAAAAGCAAACGAACAUGAAACAUAUAGCGGUGGCAGCUAGAAUUCCGGAGACGACGAACGCCGAAGCCUGCCCGAACAAGGGAGAGAGGCAGCCUCGGCCGAAACCGUGACAGUACCCCCCCCCUUGACGCGCGGCUCCAGACGUGCGCCGACUCCGGCCUCGGGGACGACCAGGAGGACGCGGCGCAGGGCGCGUCGGAUGCCUCCGAUGGAACUCCGUCAGGAGCGACGGGUCCAACACGUCUCUCCUCGGCACCCAGCACCGCUCCUCCGGACCGUACCCCUCCCACUCCACUAGAUACUGGAGACCCCCCAUCCGACGUCUCGAAUCCAAGAUGGAUCUCACGGAGUACGCCGGUGCCCCCUCGAUGUCCAACGGGGGCGGAGGAGUCUCCAAGAUCUCAUCUUCUUGGAGUGGGCCCGCUACCACCGGCCUGAGAAGGGACACAUGGAACGAGGGGUUAAUACACUUAUACUCCACAGGUAGCUGUAAUCUAUAACAUACCUCGUUCAACCUUCUCAGGACUUUAAAUGGCCCUACAAACCGCCGACCCAGUUUCCGACAGGGCAGGCGGAGGGGCAGGUUUCUGGUAGAGAGCCAGACUCGAUCACCAGGUGCGUUCACCGGUGCCUCACUGCGGUGGAGAUCAGCGCUCGCCUUCUGACGUCGGAGGGCCCGCUGCAGGUGGACGUGUGCAGCGUUCCAAGUCUCCUCCGAGCGCCGCGCCCACUCAUCCACCGCAGGAGCCUCGAUCUGGCUCUGCUGCCAGGGUGCCAGAACCGGCUGGUAACCUAACACACAUUGAAAUGGAGUUAGGUUAGUGGAGGAAUGGCGUAGGGAAUUCUGGGCCAUCUCGGCCCAGGGAACGUACCUUGACCACUCCUCCGGCCGGUCCUGGCAGUAUGUUCUGAGAAACCUAUAGGACACUAAUUACGUCAAAACAGAAACAGGUGUGGAAACAAACAGACAAAAGCAAACGAACAUGAAACAUAUAGCGGUGGCAGCUAGAAUUCCGGAGACGACGAACGCCGAAGCCUGCCCGAACAAGGGAGAGAGGCAGCCUCGGCCGAAACCGUGACACUUUGAGGUUAAAGAAAGUGUGUUUAUCAAUUUACCAGAUUUAGCUAACUGUUACUUUGGACUAAAUCAAAAUGUAAAUAUUCAUGUAAUGCUUUUUGUACAGUGGCUUGCGAAAUAAUUCACCCCCCUUGGCAUUUUUCCUAUUUUGUUGCCUUACAACCUGGAAUUAAAAUUGAUUUUUGGGGGGUUUGUAUAAUUUGAUUUACACAACAUGCCUACCACUUUGAAGAUGCAAAAUAUUUUUUAUUGUGAAACAAACAAGAUAUAAGACAAAAAAACAGAAAACUUGAGCGUGCAUAACUAUUCACCCCCCCAAAGUCAAUACUUUGUAGAGCCACCUUUUGCAGCAAUUACAGCUGUAAGUUUCUUGGGGUAUGUCUCUAUAAGCUUGGCACAUCUAGCCACUGGGAGUUUUGCCCAUUCUUCAAGGCAAAACUGCUCCAGCUCCUUCAAGUUGGAUGGGUUCCGCUGGUGUACAGCAAUCUUUAAGUCAUACCACAGAUUCUCAAUUGGAUUGAGGUCUGGGCUUUGACUAGGCCAUUCCAAGACGUUUAAAUGUUUCCCCUUAAACCACUCAAGUGUUGCUUUAGCAGUAUGCUUAGAGUCAAUGUCCUGCUGGAAGGUGAAUCUCCGUCCCAGUCUCAAAUCUCUGGAAGACUGAAACAGGUUUCCCUCAAGAAUUUCCCUGUAUUUAGCGCCAUCCAUCUUUCCUUCAAUUCUGACCAGUUUUCCAGUCUCUGCCGAUGAAAAACAUCCCCACAGCAUGAUGUUGCCACCACCAUGCUUCACUGUGGGGAUGGUGUUCUCGGGGUGAUGAGAGGUGUUGGGUUUUGCGCCAGACAUAGCGUUUUCCUUGAUGGCCAAAAAGCUCAAUUUUAGUUGCAUCUGACCAGAGUACCUUCUUCCAUAUGUUUGGGGAGUCUCCCGCAUGCCUUUUGGCGAACACCAAACGUGUUUGCUUAUUUUUUUCUUUAAGCAAUGGCUUUUUUCUGCCACUCUUCUGUAAAGCCCAGCUCUGUGGAGUGUACGGCUUAAAGUGGUCCUAUGGACAGAUACUCCAAUCUCCGCUGUGGAGCUUUGCAGAUCCUUCAGGGUUAUCUUUGGUCUCUUUGUUGCCUCUCUGAUUAAUGCCCUCCUUGCCUGGUCUGUGAGUUUUGGUGGGCGGCCAUCUCUUGGCAGGUUUGUUGUGGUGACAUAUUCUUUCUAUUUUUUAAUAAUGGAUUUAAUGGUGCUCCGUGGGAUGUUCAAAGAUUCUGAUAUUUUUUUAUAACCCAACCCUGAUCUGUGCUUCUCCACAACUUUGUCCCUGACCUGUUUGGAGAGCUCCUUGGUCUUCAUGGUGCCGCUUGCUUGGUGGUGCCCCUUGCUUAGUGGUGUUGCAGACUCUGGGGCCUUUCAGAACAGGUGUAUAUAUACUGAGAUCAUGUGACACUUAGAUUGCACACAGGUGGACUUUAUUUAACUAAUUAUGUGACUUCUGAAGGUAAUAGGUUGCACCAAAUCUUAUUUAGGGGCUUCAUAGCAAAGGGGGUGAAUACAUAUGCACGCACCACUUUUCCGUUAUAAUUUUUUUAUAAUUUUUUGAAACAAAUUAUUAUUUCGUUUCACUUCACCAAUUUUAACUAUUUUGUGUAUGUCCAUUACAUGAAAUCCAAAUAAAAAUGCAUUUAAAUGACAGGUUGUAAUGCAACAAAAUAGGAAAAACGCCAAGGGGGAUGAAUACUUUUGCAAUGCACUGUAUAAAGUAAUCUUAAAUUACAACUCAAUUUGAGCAAAUUAGGAAUUCGCAAUUAAUCACAGCAAAUCCUGUGAUAAAGUCGAUCACAUUUUUUAAUCGUUUGACAUCCCUAUUUUGCAUUCAAAUGAGAAAAUGCACGUGAAAGUGUAGCGGAUAUGAGUCGGGUAUGGUUGAUGAGGUAGCCCCACCUGUGACUUCAAAAUAAGUGUUGUCCCUCUUGGUCGAAUGGUCAAGACUUCAGCUUCCCUCGUGGGAGGCCCGGGAUCUAAUCCCACCAGUUACAAAAGCACAUGUGAAUUUUAUAAUAUCACAUGAAAUGUUGGGAAACCACAUGUGUCUGAGUCGUGAAAAAUCCAUGUGAAACCAUACACGCGUCCAAAAACCAUGUGUCUGAUUCACGUGUCUUUUUUUCCCACGUGACAUUUUUCAACAGAUGUAUUCACGUGAAAAAUGUAUGUGAAACAAAACACGUGUCUGAGUCGUGAAAUUCACACAUGUCCGAAAACCACGUUUUUUCACGUGAUCUUUUGUAAGGGCAGACACACACACACACUUGUGCUAACCACAUCCACUGCUUUAUUUAACCAGGGUGUGUGUGUGACUGUGGUUGUGAAGUGUUUUUAUUGUGUCUGUGCUUAUGGUCACUCUCCUCUCUGUCUGUGUGUGUAACAGAGUACGAAAUGGAGCGCUCUUUUUUCCUGAGGAUGAAGUGUGUGUUGGCCAAGCGUAAUGCAGGACUGACGUGUGGAGGAUAUAAGGUACAUGUUUACAUUUUAGUCAUUUAGCAGACGCUCUUAUCCAGAGCGACUUACAGGAGCGAUUAGGGUUAAGUGCCUUGCUCAAGGGCACAUCGACAGAUUUUUUUACCUAGUCGGCUCGGGGAUUCAAACCAGAAACCUUUUGGUUACUGGCUCAACGCUCUUAACCACUAGGCUACCUGCCAUACUACCAGGGGUGCAACUUUGGCUUUAGAAGUGGGGGGGACAUAAUAUAUAUAUUUUUAUAUAUUUUUUUGAUCCAGUCGGAUAAACACUCCAAACAGCAUAUCCGACCACUAGGAGGUGUCCGCAUGGUCCUAAAGCACACUGUUGCCUCGUUUUGUAUCACAUUCCAUAGAUGAAACUGGGGGGGACGAAAAAUGCAAUUUCAGAAUGUGGGGGGGACAUGUCCCCCCUGUUAAAAGCUCUGACGAAGGCCUUGAGGCUGAUACGUAAAGCGUAUAAAAGAGCAGUGAUACUAGCAAGAGCAGUGUGCAGGUUUCUUAUUUUUUCUCCCCCCGUCCCCUAUGAAAGUUGCGCCCCUGCGUACUACUAUAAUGAAAUGCAAUAUUUGAAAUCACAUUUCUUCGUUACUGUAUACCAUGAUAAUCUGUGUCUCUGGAAGUAGUAAACCUUUCAUGAAUAACAAUAUAAGAUAGAAAGUAGAUAAUUACAUUUACAUUUACAUUUACGUCAUUUAGCAGACGCUCUUAUCCAGAGCGACUUACAAAUUGGUGCAUUCACCUUAUAGCCAGUGGGAUAACCACUUUACAAUUAUUUAUUUUUUUGGGGGGGUGGGGUGGGGUAAGGGGGGGUUAGAAGGAUUACUUUAUCCUAUCCCAGGUGUUCCUUAUUUCAAAUUAAACACCUACAGUUGAAAUGCAUCAAUUUUGUAGAGAUUAUUAUUAUAUCAAAACAAAGAUGUAUUAUAUUUCUAGAUUUGUUUGUUUUGUUCUAUUGAGUCUAUAACAUUAUUAUAGUGUUAUCACAGUGUUAACAGGUUAUUAUAGUGUUAUCACAGUGUUAACAGGUUAUUAUAGUGUUAUCACAGUGUUAACAGGUUAUUAUAGUGUUAUCACAGUGUUAACAGGUUAUUUGUAACUGCAUAUUGUUUGUCUGAGACUCAGCAGCUGCAGCAUUUCCACUUGACUCACUCAAAUCUCCUACGACAACCACGUCUCUCCUAAAACACUCCACAGUCGUUCCUCCACCAUCCUCAUCUCUAGAUGCAACAGCUGUAUUCUUGACUCCCUCCUUCUUCCCUCUCCCUAUAUAAUAUAAAUCACCUAGCAGAUUGCAAUGGAGAUCUGCUGUAAAUUUACAUUGGCAUUAAACAAGACGUUUCUGUUAAGUAGUAGAAUAAAUAAUCAGUGUGAACUGGGCGAGUGCUAUAGAAUGGCCAGGGCGAGGCAUAGGUAAACAGGAAGUGAUGAAGAGAAAUAGUACCUUUUAGCUUACAUUUACAUUUACAUUUACGUCAUUUAGCAGACGCUCUUAUCCAGGGCGACUUACAAAUAGGUGCAUUCACCUUAUAGCCAGUGGGAUAACCACUUUUUUUUUUUGGGGGGGGGGGGGGUGGGUUGGAGUAAAGGCAAGCUUCUAGGCACGUAGCUGUUCAAGGGAGAGGAGGGGAGCGGUGGUGGAGAGGGGGUGGAGAGGGGCACUUAGUGGGGUGCAGCCUGAAGGUUGAACCUGCUUUUGCAGAGUGAGUGAGAGAAGAAUUCUGCAUUACCAACAAUGUUGUUUCUCAAUCUAUCUCUCAGAUCUACCUAAAUUUGGACACAAAACCACAUUUAGGACACAUGUUAAGGCAAGGUGUAAAGCCUCUCUGUCUAGCUAUAUCUAUGUACAUGCAUGUAUCUAUCUCCAUAUCACUGUGUAAAGCCCCUCUCAUCUCUCUGCUUCCCAGGUGAUCCACUGCAGUGGCUAUUUGAAGAUCCGUCAGUACGUGAUGGACAUGGCGCUGUAUGACACGUGUUAUCAGAUCGUGGGCCUGGUGGCGGUUGGUCACUCCCUGCCUCUCAGUGGUAUCACAGAGAUCAAGCUCCAUAGCAACAUGUUCAUGUUCAGGGCCAGCCUGGACCUCAAGCUCAUCUUCCUGGACUCCAGGUAUGGAAGGAAAGGAGGGAGGGAGGGAGGAAAAAAACAGAGAAUAGAAAAUAAAAGACAAACACAGCAAAGGAUUUGAACAUCAUGUUUUACUUUUGACCCCUGACCUCUGGGUUCAAGGGUGGCUGAGUUGACGGGAUACGAACCCCAGGACCUGAUCGAGAAAACGCUGUACCACCACGUGCAUGGCUGUGAUGUAUUCCAUCUACGCUUCGCUCACCACCUCUGUGAGUCAGUCCCCCUCUGUGGUUACAUUGAGACACUUAUUACUAAACAACCCACACUCUCCUUGAGAGGGUUAGGAUUUCUAUAAGUGGCAGCUGUGGAGUUUCCCACAGAAUAUGCAUGCAGGUUCAAGAGGAGAAUAAAAAUGCUACAGUAUUCAUGAGUCAAGCCUGUCAAAGGAACUCAGUCUUUUGCUGGCACUCUCUCCCAAGCAUUCUGUUUGUAUUCUAUAGCUAUGUGCACUUCUCUUUCUGUCUUUCAAUAUUUUAUUCAGGCACAGUCCAGUCUGUGAUUUGAUCUCUCUCUCACCCCCAUAUUUCUCUCUCUCCCCCUCCCUCCUCUCUCUCUCCCCCUCUCUCUCCUGCAGUGUUGGUGAAAGGGCAGGUCACCACUAAGUACUACCGUAUGUUGUCCAAGCACGGGGGCUGGGUGUGGGUGCAGAGCUACGCCACCAUCGUCCACAACAGCCGCUCCUCCAGACCCCACUGCAUCGUCAGCGUCAACUACGUUCUCACGUGAGUCAACACUUUCCCCUUUGACCUGAGUGGGGCUGUGACAGGUGAAUCUCUCCCUAAAACAUUUCCAUUUAAUAGUCUUAGACAUUUUGUGGCAAAAAGUCUGGGUUUGAAACACAGGCUAAUUUGUAAGGUGGUGCCCCCGGUUUGUCUGUGUGUCUGUGUGUGUAACAGAGUACGAAAUGGAGCGCUCUUCUUUCCUGAGGAUGAAGUAUGUGUUGGCCAAGCGUAAUGCAGGACUGACGUGUAGAGGAUAUUUUACAUUUACAUUUACAUCAUUUAGCAGACGCUCUUAUCCAGAGCGACUUACAAAUUGGUGCAUUCAACUUAUGAUAGCCAGUGGGACAACCACUUUUUUUUUUUUUUUUUUUUACUUUUUUUUACGGGGGGUGGGGGAAGAAGGAUUACUUUAUACUAUUCCAGGUAUUCCUUAAAGAGGUAGGGUUUCAAGUGUCUCCGGAAGGUGGUCAGUGACUCCGCUGUCCUGGCGUCUUGGGGGAGCUUGUUCCACCAUUGGGGUUCCAGAGCAGCAAAUAGCUUUGACUGGGCUGAGCGGGAACUGUGCUUCCGUAGAGGUAGGGGAGCUAGCAGGCCAGAGGUGGAUGAACUUAGUGCCCUCGUUUGGGUAUAGGGUCUGAUCAGAGCCUGAAGGUAAGGAGGUGCCGUUCCCCUCACAGCUCCAUAGGCAAGCACCAUGGUCUUGUAGUAGAUGCAAGCUUCAACUGGAAGCCAGUGGAGUGUGCGGAGGAGCGGGGUGACAUGAGAGAACUUGGGAAGGUUGAACACCAGACGGGAUGCAGCGUUCUGGAUGAGUUGUAGGGGUUUAAUGGCACAGGCAGGGAGCCCAGCCAACAGUGAGUUGCAGUAAUCCAGACGGGAGAUGACAAGUGCCUGGAUUAGGACCUGUGCCGCUUUCUGUGUAAGGUAGGGUCGUACUCUGCAAAUGUUGUAGAGCAAGAACCUGCAGGAUCGAGUCACCGCUUUGAUGUUAGCGGAGAACGACAGGGUGUUGUCCAGGGUCACGCCAAGGUUAUUUGCACUCUGGGAGGAGGACACAAUGGAGUUGUCAACCGUGAUGGCGAGAUCAUGGAGCGGGCAGUCCUUCCCCGGGAGGAAGAGCAGCUCCGUCUUGCCGAGGUUCAGCUUGAGGUGGUGAUCCGACAUCCACACUGAUAUGUCUGCCAGACAUGCAGAGAUGCGAUUCGCCACCUGGUUAUCAGAAGGGGGAAAGGAGAAAAUUAAUUGUGUGUCUUCUGCGUAGCAAUGAUAGGAGAGACCAUGUGAGGAUAUGACAGAGCCAAGUGACUUGGUGUAUAGAGAGAAUAGGAGAGGGCCUAGAACUGAGCCCUGGGGGACACCAGUGGUGAGAGCACGUGGUGCAGAGACAGAUUCUCGCCACGCCACCUGGUAGGAGCGACCUGUCAGGUAGGACGCAAUCCAAGAGUGAGCAGCGCCGGAGAUGCCCAACUCGGAGAGGGUGGAGAGGAGGAUCUGAUGGUUCACAGUAUCAAAGGCAGCGGAUAGGUCUAGAAGGAUAAGAGCAGAGAAGAGAAAGUUAGCUUUAGCAGUGCGGAGAGCCUCCGUGACACAGAGAAGAGCAGUCUCAGUUGAAUGACCAGUCUUGAAACCUGACUGGUUUGGAUCAAGAAGGUCAUUCUGUGAGAGAUAGCAGGAGAGUUGGCUAGAGACGGCACACUCAAGAGUUUUGGAGAGAAAAGAAAGAAGGGAUACUGGUCUGUAGUUGUUGACAUCGGAGGGAUCGAGUGUAGGUUUAUUGAGGAGGGGUGCAACUCUCGCUCUCUUGAAGACGGAAGGGACAUGGCCAGCGGUCAAGGAUGAGUUGAUGAGCGAGGUGAGGUAAGGGAGAAGGUCUCUGGAAAUGGUCUGGAGAAGAGAGGAGGGGAUAGUGUCAAGCGGGCAGGUUGUUGGGCGGCCGGCCGUCACAAGUCGCAAGAUUUCAUCUGGAGAGAGAGGGGAGAAAGAAGUCAAAGCAUAGGGUAGGGCAGUGUGAGCAGAACCAGCGGUGUCAUUUGACUUAAUACAUGAGGAUCGGAUGUGGUAGAAAGUGGCUUUAGCAGCGGAAACAGAGGAAGAUAAUGUAGAGAGGAGGGAGUGAAAAGAUGACAGGUCCGCAGGGAGUCUAGUUUUCCUCCAUUUCCGCUCGGCUGCCCGGAGCCCUCUUCUGUGAGCUCGCAAUGAGUCGUCAAGCCACCGAGCCGGCCGGGAGGAUAGGGGACAUAGAGAGUCAAAAGAUGCAGAAAGGGAGGAGAGGAGGGUUGAGGAGGCAGAAUCAGGAGAUCGGAGGGAGAAGGAUUUAGCAGAGGGAAGAGAUGAUAGGAUGGAAGAGGAGAGAGUAGCGGGAGAGAGAGAGUGAAAAUUGCGAUGGCACAUUACCAUCUGAGUAGGGGCAGAGUGAGUAGUGUUGGAGGAGAGCGAGAGAGAAAAGGAUACAAAGUAGUGGUCGGAGACUUGGAGGGGAGUUGCAGUGAGAUUAGUAGAAGAACAGCAUCUAGUAAAGAUGAGGUCAAGCGUAUUGCCUGCCUUGUGAGUAGUGGGGGACGGUGAGAGGGUAAGGUCAAAAGAGGAAAGGAGUGGAAAGAAGGAGGCAGAGAGAAAUGAGUCAAAGGCAGACGUAGGGAGGUUAAAGUCACCCAGAACUGUGAGGGGUGAGCCAUCCUCAGGAAAGGAACUUAUCAAGGCGUCAAGCUCAUUGAUGAACUCUCCAAGGGAACCUGGAGGGCGAUAAAUGACAAGGAUGUUAAGCUUGAAUGGGCUAGUGACUGUGACAGCAUGGAUUUCAAAUGAGGAGAUAGACAGAUGGGUCAGGGGAAAAAGAGAGUAUGUCCACUUGGGAGAGAUGAGGAUUCCUGUGCCACCGCCGCGCUGACCAGAUGCUGGCAGUCCAAGAUAGCGUAGCAGUGCGGUCGUGUUCUCUUGUGUGUCCAUGUAAAUAGCCUGUUUUUUGUAUUUUUUGUGUGUAUUUUACGUAUAUAUUUCCCUAUCACACUUUUCAUCCUUCUACUAAAUAUACUUUCCUGCAACCCGCCUCACUCAAUGUGGAACGGAUUCUAUUAUUUACUCACCUUUAUCUAGAAUCUCCAGUUGAAACUAGCCAGCCAGCUAACUAGCUAACUAGCUACUUGCUAUUAGUCACCGUUAGCGGUUUUCACCCAGAACAUCGGAUUUUCUGCCGGAAUAACUGAAUCACUGGACCUUAACACCGGAUCUAGCUAGCCGCAACCGAAUGGAUGUCGAAUAGAUGUUGCUGUAGGCUAAUCACCACUGCCCCCAUAGCACUAGUUAGCCUUAAGCCUUGAGCUAGCCCCGGCUAUCUACCUCUCUGUCUACCGGACGGGAGUAGCCAGCUAACCAGCUAACUAGCUACUUGCUAUUAGCCACCGUUAGCGGCUUUUUCUCCAUUGUCCGUGGCCUGCACUACCUACCAGCCAGCUCUAGUCUGGACUAUUAUCGGCCAGUUUGCACUGUCUGCACAGCAAAUUUUCGACCCAGAACCUAUCGGAUUUUCUGCCGGAAUCACUGAAACACUGGAUAAUCGCAACUAGCUAGCUGCAACCAUAUGAACGUUGUUGUUGGCUAAUCAGCAUUGAGCUAGCCUUGAGUCAAGCACAUCUCCCGGCUACCUACCUCUCUGUCAACCGGACGGGACCUCGUACAGUCGACACGGAGCCCUGCCGAUCCAUCACGACUGGUCUGCCGACGUAAUCGUCUGUGGUUUCAACAGGGUUCCUGUUGCGACGACCACGAAGAUCCAUCUGCUAGCUCCGGCCCGCUAGCACACGCAAACUACAACUGUGCUUCCUGCUCGCUGUGCUGAAGCACCAAUUUGAACUGCUCUUUGACUCACAUAUUGCUGUUCACUGGACCUUAUGAUCACUCAGCUGCACAGCUGAUGCCUUCUGGACUGUUCCUUUACACGGUACCCUGUCCUGUUUAUUCUGUUUAGCCUCAGCCCAAACUUUAUCGCCAUUACCAGUUGUUGUCUUAGCUCUCUCUAAUAACACCUGUGAUUGCGUUAUGCCUCUCUCCCAUGUCAAUAUGCCUAGCCUAUUGCUGUUUGGGUUAGUUCUUUUUGUACUAUUUCACUGUAGAGCCCCCAGUCCCACUCAACCAGCCUCAGAGAGCUCCUUUGUUCCACCCCCCAUAUACGCCGAGACCGGCUCAAUCGGUGCCUCCAGUGAUGCUAUCUCUUUCAUUGUUACCCAACGCUUAGGUUUACCUCCACUGUACUCAUAUCCUUCCAUAUCCUUGUCUGUACAUAAUGUCCUGAAUCUUUUCUACAACGCCUGGAAAUCUGCCCCCUUUAUUCUCUGUACCCAACGCACUAGAAGACCAGUUCUUAAAGCCUUUAGCCAUAUCCUUAUUCUAGUCCUCCUCUGUUCCUCUGGUGAUGUAGAGGCUAACCCAGGCCCUGCAGCCCCCAGUAUCACUCCUACUCCCCAGGAGCUAUCAUUUGUUGACUUCUGUAACCGUAAAAGCCUUGGUUUUCUGCACGUUAACAUUAGAAGUCUACUUCCUAAGUUUGAGUUAUUCACUGCGUUAGCACACUCCACCAACCCUGAUGUUCUAGCAGUGUCUGAAUCCAGGCUUAGGAAGGCCACCAAAAAUUCUGAAAUUUCCAUCCCCAACUACAACAUUUUCCAUUUAGAUAGAACUGCCAAAGGGGGUGGAGUUGCAAUCUACUGUAGAGAUAGCCUACAGAGCUCUAUCAUACUAUCCAGGUUUGUGCCCAAACAGUUUGAGCUUCUACUUCUAAAAAUCCACCUUUCCAGAAAUAAGUCUCUCACUGUUGCCGCUUGCUACAGACCCCCCUCAGCCCCCAGCUGUGCCCUGGAUACCAUAUGUGAAUUGAUUGCCCCCCAUUUAUCCUCAGAGUUCAUACUGCUUGGUGACCUAAAUUGGGAUAUGCUUAACAUCCCGGCCAUCCUACAAUCCAAACUAGAUGCCCUCAAUCUCACACAAAUGAUCAACGAACCUACCAGGUACAACCCUAAAUCCGUAAACAUGGGUACCCUCAAAAAUAUUAUCCUGACUAACUUACCCUCUAAAUACACCUCCGCUGUCUUCAACCAGGAUCUCAGCGAUCACUGCCUUAUUGCCUGCGUCCGUAACGGGUCCGCGGUCAAACGACCACCCCUCAUCACUGUCAAACGCUCCCUAAAACACUUUAGUGAGCAGGCCUUCCUAAUUGACCUGGCCCAGGUAUCCUGGAUGGAUAUAGAUCUCAUUCCGUCAGUAGAGGAUGCCUGGUAGUUCUUUUAAAAGUAAUUUCCUCUCAAUCUUAAAUAAACUUGCCCCAUUCAAAAAAUACAGAACGAAGAACAGAUAUAGCCCCUGGUUCUCCUCAGACUUGACUGUCCUGACCAGCACAAAAACAUCCUGUGGCGUACUGCAUUAGCAUCAAAUAGCCCCCGCGAUAUGCAACUUUUCAGGGAAGUCAGGAACCAAUAUACACAAGCAGUUAGGAAAGCAAAGGCUAACUUUUUCAAACAGAAAUGUGCAUCCUGUAGCACUAACUCCAAAAAAGUUUUGGGACACUGUAAAGUCCACGGAGAAUAAGAGCACCUCCUCCCAGCUGCCCACUGCACUGAGGGGAACACUAUCACCACCGAUAACUACAAUAAUCAAGAAUUUCAACAAGCAUUUUGCUAUGGCUGGCCAUGCUUUCCACCUGGACAUACCCCACCUACAACCCAUGACCCCACCCCCCCCCCCACCCCCCCCCACCCACCCCCCCCCCCCCCACCCCCCCCCCCCCCCCCCCCCGAUUCUCCUUCACACAAAUUCAGACAGCUGAUGUUCUGAAAGAGCUGCAAAAUCUGGACCCCUACAAAUCAUCUGGACAUUCUGGACCCUUUCUUUCUAAACUAGCCGCCGAAAUUGUCGCAACCCCUAUUACUAGCCUGUUUCAACCUCUCUUUCGUAACGUCUGAGAUCCCCAGAGAUUGGAAAGCUGCCGCGGUCAUCCCCCUCUUCAAAGGGGGUGACACUCUAGAUCUAGAACUGUUACAGACCUAUAUCCAUCCUGCCCUGCCCUUCGAAAGUUUUUGAAAGCCAAGUUAACAAACAGAUCACCGACCAUUGCGAAUCCCACCGUACCUUCUCCGCUAUGCAAUCCGGUUUCCGAGCUGGUCAUGGGUGCACCUCAGCCACGCUCAAGGUCCUAAACGAUACUAUAACCGCGAUUGAUAAUAGACAGUACUGUGCAGCCGUCUUCAUCGACCUGGCCAAGGCUUUUGACUCUGUCAACCACCGCAUUCUUAUUGGCAGACUAAAUAGCCUUGGUUUCUCAAAUGACUGCCUUGCCUGGUUCACCAACUACUUCUCAGAUAGAGUUCAAUGUGUCAAAUCGGAGGGCCUGUUGUCUGGACCUAUGGCAGUCUCUAUGGGGGUGCCACAGGGUUCAAUUCUUGGGCCGACUCUUUUCUCUGUGUAUAUCAAUGAUGUCGCUCUUGCUGCUGGUGACUCUCAGAUCCACCUCUACGCAGACGACACCAUUUUGGACACUGUGUUAACAAACCUCCAAACGAGCUUCAAUGCCAUACAACACUCCUUCGGUAGCCUCCAACUGCUCUUAAACACUCGUAAAACUAAAUGCAUGCUCUUCAAUCGAACGCUACUGGCACCCGCCCACCCGACUAGAGUCACUACUCUCCACGGGUCUGACCUAGAGUAUGUGGACAACUACAAAUACCUAGGUGUCUGGUUAGACUGUAAACUCUCCUUCCAGACUCACAUUAAGAAUCUCCAAUCCAAAGUUAAAUCUAGAAUCGGCUUCCUAUUUCGCAACAAAGCCUCCUUCACUCAUGCUGCCAAACAUGCCCUCGUAAAACGGACUAUCCUACCGAUCCUUGACUUCGGCAAUAUCAUUUACAAAAUAGCCUCCAACACUCUACUCAGCAAAUUGGAUGUAGUCUAUCACAGUGCCAUCCGUUUUGUCACCAAAGCCCCAUAUACUACCCACCACUGUGACCUGUACGCUCUUCUUGGCUGGUCCUCACUACAUAUUCGUCGCCAAACCCACUGGCUCCAGGCCAUCUAAAAAUCACUGCUAGGCAAAUCCCCGCCUUAUCUUAGCUCAUUGGUCACCAUAGCAACACCCACCCGUAGUAUGCGCUCCAGCAGGUAUAUCUCACUGGUCAUCAAAGCCAACACCUCCUUUGGCCGCCAUUCCUUCCAGUUCUCUGCUGCCAAUGACUGGAACGAAUUGCAAAAUCUCUGAAGCUGGAGACUCUUAUCUCCCUCACUAACUUUAAGCAUCAGUUGUCAGAGCACCUUACCGAUCACUGCACCUGUACACAGCCCAUCUGAAAUUAGCCCACCCAACUACCUCAUUCCCAUAUUGUUAUUUAUUUUGCUCAUUUGCACCCCAGUAUCUCUAUUUGCACAUCAUCUCUUGCACAUCUAUCAUUCCAGUGUUAAUACUAAUUGUAAUUAUUUUGCACUAUAGCCUGUUUAUUGCCUUACCUCCAUAACUUGCUACAUUUGCACACACUGUACAUAUAUUUUCUGUUGUAUUUUUGACUUUAUGUUUUGUUUUACCCCAUACAGUGGGGAGAACAAGUAUUUGAUACACUGCCGAUUUUGCAGGAUUUCCUACUUACAAAGCAUGUAGAGGUCUGUAAUUUUUAUCAUAGGUACACUUCAACUGUGAGAGACGGAAUCUAAAACAAAAAUCCAGAAAAUCACAUUGUAUGAUUUUUAAGUAAAUAAUUUGCAUUUUAUUGCAUGACAUAAGUAUUUGAUCACCUACCAACCAGUAAGAAUUCCGACUCUCACAGACCUGUUAGUUUUUCUUUAAGAAGCCCUCCUGUUCUCCACUCAUUACCUGUAUUAACUGCACCUGUUUGAACUCGUUACCUGUAUAAAAGACACCUGUCCACACACUCAAUCAAACAGACUCCAACCUCUCCACAAUGGCCAAGACCAGAGAGCUGUGUAAGGACAUGGGCUACAGGACAAUAGGCAAGCAGCUUGGUGAGAAGGCAACAACUGUUGGCGCAAUUAUUAGAAAAUGGAAGACGUUCAAGAUGACGGUCAAUCACCCUCGGUCUGGGGCUCCAUGCAAGAUCUCACCUCGUGGGGCAUCAAUGAUCAUGAGGAAGAUGAGGGAUCAGCCCAGAACUACACGGCAGGACCUGGUCAAUGACCUGAAGAGAGCUGGGACCACAGUCUCAAAGAAAACCAUUAGUAACACACUGCGCCGUCAUGGAUUAAAAUCCUGCAGCGCACGCAAGGUCCCCCUGCUCAAGCCAGCGCAUGUCCAGGCCCGUCUGAAGUUUGCCAAUGACCAUCUGGAUGAUCCAGAGGAGGAAUGGGAGAAGGUCAUGUGGUCUGAUGAGACAAAAAUAGAGCUUUUUGGUCUAAACUCCACUCGCCUUGUUUGGAGGAAGAAGAAGGAUGAGUACAACCCCAAGAACACCAUCCCAACCGUGAAGCAUGGAGGUGGAAACAUCAUUCUUUGGGGAUGCUUUUCUGCAAAGGGGACAGGACGACUGCACCGUAUUGAGGGGAGGAUGGAUGGGGCCAUGUAUCGCGAGAUCUUGGCCAACAACCUCCUUCCCUCAGUAAGAGCAUUGAAGAUGGGUCGUGGCUGGGUCUUCCAGCAUGACAACGACCCGAAACACACAGCCAGGGCAACUAAGGAGUGGUUCCAUAAGAAGCAUCUCAAGGUCCUGGUGUGGCCUAGCCAGUCUCCAGACCUGAACCCAAUAGAAAAUCUUUGGAGGGAACUGAAAGUCCGUAUUGCCCAGCGACAGCCCCGAAACCUGAAGGAUCUGGAGAAGAUCUGUAUGGAGGAGUGGGCCAAAAUCCCUGCUGCAGUGUGUGCAAACCUGGUCAAGACCUACAGGAAACGUAUGAUCUCUGUAAUUGCAAACAAAGGUUUCUGUACCAAAUAUUAAGUUCUGCUUUUCUGAUGUAUCAAAUACUUAUAUCAUGCAAUAAAAUGCAAAUUAAUUACUUAAAAAUCAUACAAUGUGAUUUUCUGGAUUUUUGUUUUAGAUUCUGUCUCUCACAGUUGAAGUGUACCUAUGAUAAAAAUGACAGACCUCUACAUGCUUUGUAAGUAGGAAAACCUGCAAAAUCAGCAGUGUAUCAAAUACUUGUUCUCCCCACUGUAUGUAACUCUGUGUUGUUGUUUUUAUCGCACUGCUUUGCUUUAUCUUUGCCAGGUCGCAGUUGUAAAUGAGAACUUGUUCUCAACUGGCUUACCUGGUUAAAUAAAGGUGAAAUAGAAAAAUUUAAAACAAAAAUGCUCUCGGGGUAUGCGAGAACACAUGGUCAGACGAGGAAAGAGCAGUAGGAGUAGCAGUGUUUUCUGUGGUAAUCCAUGUUUCCGUCAGCGCCAAGAAGUCGAGGGACUGGAGGGUAGCAUAGGCUGAGAUGAACUCUGCCUUGUUGGCCGCAGAACGGCAGUUCCAGAGGCUGCCGGAGACCUGGAACUCCACGUGGGUCGUGCGCGCAGGGACCACCAGAUUAGAGUGGCAGCAGCCACGCGGUGUGAAGCGUUUGUAUGGCCUGUGCAGAGAGGAGAGAACAGGGAUAGACAGACACAAAGUUGACAGGCUACAGAAAAAGGCUACAAUAAUGCAAAGGAGAUCGGAAUGAAAUUAACUAAACAUCUGGGAAAGCGAGAGAGUGGGGCCUCCCUCACUUACGUUUCACUGAAAUACUCAAAUAUAACUCUCUCAACUUCCACUUUAGAAAUUAUAAUUGUUAUAAACUACAUCGGUUUAAUGUUUUCUAGGAAUAGACUCUAACUUAGUUUAUUCAGCUAGCUAACUUGGUACAGUAUUCUUCCGUGAAAACCGUCCAGGGCACCGAAUCCUAUGACGCAAUAGGCAACUAGCAUGCCAGCCUCCAAUAACACGGUUUAGCACCAAUACUCGGUUACAACAAACCACCAAACAGAUCAUUCGUGUCCGUGUGUGUGUGUGCGCGAUGCUAAUCCAAGCUGUUCUGUGCUGUAUGUAUAUGUCUCUCCACAGGGACGUGGAGUAUAAAGACAUGCAGCUGUCUCAGGAGCAGAGUCGAGCGGCCAAACCCAGCUUAGCCUUUAAGAGUGGCCUGGCCUCCUCUCAGGACCCCCGCAAACAACUCAAAACCAAAGCAGUCAAGAUCAAGAGCAAACUCAAAACAGCCCCCUACCCUCAGGUACUAAAGACUACUGUUCCUCACACUAGAUUACUAAUACAGUUCAUAUGCAGUGUAGUACACAUACAGUAGCCUACAUACUGUACCUGUACAUUCACACGUACUAAGAUAUCAGGAUGAAUAGCUUUUGCCAGCUUGGAAAAAGAGGAGACACUGCAAACUCCCCAACGCAACGACUGUUUACUUUCCUUUUGAGAAUUUAUGAAAUAUCCCCUUCAUUGUUAUCCCAAAAAUAUAACAAGUAGGACUUGAUUCUUCGUCAAAGCUCGACAAAUGAGCUGUACACAACACUGUCUUCAUUGCCUGUCUAUGAUAUAAAAGUAUAACACCACCAUAACCUGUUGUCUAUUGCCUCCACCUCCAGCCCAACAGCACCUACCACCCAGACAAGCUAGACUGCUCCCCCCAGGGAGGGAGCUGGAAGGAGAGCCCCCCCUACCCCCUGACUCCCUGCCAGGGGCAGAUCUCAGGCCCCUCUGGAGGCCCAGAGGCUGGAGAGGUCAUGUGUAGUAGCAGCGCCCCCUAUGGCCUCUCCUUCCCCUACCCCUAUGGACACCUACCCCACAUGGACUCCCAGAGGAGGUUGCGACACACCCAGGGUUCUUCCUCCGCCUCUCCCUCCCCAUCUUCCCCUGGCCUGGCUGCCCGGCAGCUGCUCAGCUCCCUGCAGGGUCGAGGGGGAGAGGGGCGUUGGAGCUGUGCCAACGCCAAAACCCACCAUGGUACUAGCCCCGGUCACACCCUGAGGCCGUUCGCUGCAUCGUGUGCCAUCACCACAGCCACCGCAGCUGCAUAUUCAGGUAUGGCUCUGGCUCAAAAGCAUGGGGCUUCCAAAUCAGCGCUGAGGAACGCAGAGCUCUUUUUGCAUGCUUUUGAAUGCACUGCUAACUGAUACAAUCCAUUUCCAGUAGCAUUGCUACAUUUUCAAAAUAAUGCUAGCCCAGACAUUCUGGAUGUUGCUAAAUAACCAUCUAACGAAUUUAGAAACAGCUUGGAGGAAACAACAACACCCUAGGGAAGUUGAAUAUGAAUUAAAACUUCAAAAAGGUGAACUGUCACUUUAAAGUGCUCUCUUUUAAGCCUUUUCACUCUUUGUUCUCAGGUCAGAAACGUUCAUGAAAAAACAUGAAAAAUCAUUGCUGACUGUAGCAUUGGGCAAAGGCAGUGUCUGCUGCAUCGCUUACUUCCCUGCUCCUCUGAUGUCACUGCUAAACCCUAAUCAUUCUCAAGAUAGCGUUUUAGCACAGUUUCACCGUAGCAUUUUAGUCUGAAUCUCACCGUAGCGUUUAAUUUCUCCACAGCAGGCCCCACGACGAGCAGGAGGUACCCCCCCAGCGAGUCCCUCCAUGACGGCUUCUCCAGCUGCUCAAACCCGCGCCCUAACAGCAGGUUUAAGGAAGAGCCCUAUGAGCAUCACACGCUUGGCCAGAACAAGACCACAGAGGAUCGCCUGCAUUCACUGUCACAGGCUACUAAAGAGGACAGCAAGCUGCCGUUCAGUCGAGACUACCUCCACAAGGCCUCUGAGGGUGGUGGUUGCGUAGGAGGGGAGAAGCCGUUGUCCUGUCCCCUGUUGAGUAGCUCUGUGCUGGGGAAGGUGAGCUGCGAGCAGUCCCGGUCCUUCCAUGGCCUGGGCCAACCCUUCCCCAUGCAGGUUGUCCUGGAGCAGCGCAGGAGGCUGUGUAUGAUGGAAUCCCCCUACAGCCACAGUGCCACCGGCCCCCUGGAGAACACAGACAGCAAUGGGGAGCAGGGGAGCCCCAAGCUGCUGGAGCCUGAGGCGGGGGAGGAGGAGAGGAGGAUGUGGAUGGGGAUGGGGGUUGGAGUUGGGAUGGGAGUCGGGGUAGGCCUGCCGGCCCAGGCGCCGUACGUGUCUUUGAACCUCCACCACGUCUUGGCCAAACACAGCUCCUUCCAGGCCCCGCCAUAUGCUGCCCUCGGCCACUUGACGGACAGCUACGGUUACCGCGGCGACGAAAUUGGUUCUUACGACUACAAGAGCCAAAGCCCCGCCUCCAGCUCCUCCCCUGAGAUCCACAGGGAGAUCCCUCAUUACAUCGGCACGUCCGUCAUCAUCACCAACGAGAGGUGA